AAAAAAAAAACAAAAAAAAAAGGCUUUGCUCAUUUCUUCAUUCAGCCAUAAAAUCCGAAUAUAUAUAGAAUCUCAAAAGACAACCCAAUUAAGUGUUUGUGAAAACUAGGAAAUUAAAAGAAAGAUGGUGGCAACGAGCAAAUUAGACAUUAGUGAAGUUUCAGACAAACUGAAGGCAGAGUAUGAUCGAGCAAGCGAAGUGAAAGCUUUCGAUGAAUCAAAAGCUGGUGUUAAAGGACUCGUUGAUUCUGGCAUUACAGAGAUCCCUCGUAUUUUCCAUCAUACAUCCGACGAAUACUUCAAUGGAAGCUCAGUUUCCGAAGAUGAAACACAGUUUAGCAUUCCAAUUGUAGACCUUGGAUGCCUUUUUGAAGAUGAUCCAGUCCGGCGGAAAGAGAAUGUUGUUGAAGAAGUACGAGAAGCAUCAGAAACUUGGGGUUUCUUCCAAAUUGUCAACCAUGGAAUCCCUUUGAGUGUUAUGAAGGAGAUGAGAGAAGGAGUGCUUCGCUUUCAUGAGCAAGAUAUUGAGGUGAGGAAACAGUUUUAUACAAGGGAUAGCAAGAGACCAGUUUAUUACAAUAGCAAUUUUGAUCUGUAUAAAGCUCCAUCGGCAAAUUGGAGAGACACUUUUCUAUGUAGAAUGGCUCCUAAAUCUCCCCAGUUCGAAGAUUUGCCUGAGGUCUGCAGAGACAUACUUGUGGAGUAUUCAAAACAAGUAGUGAAACUGGGAAUUUUAUUGUUGGAGUUGUUAUCGGAGUCACUUGGACUGAAGCCGAAUCAUUUGAAUGACAUUGAUUGUGCAGAAGGGCUUGCAGUCUUAUGCCAUUACUUUCCUCCAUGCCCACAGCCAGAGCUCACUUUAGGAGCAAGCCAGCAUGCUGAUGCUAGCUUCCUCACCGUGCUGCUUCAAGAUCAUAUUGGUGGUCUUCAAGUUCUUCGUCACAACCGUUGGAUUGACAUACCUUAUCAUCCUGGGGCUCUUGUCAUUAACAUAGGAGAUCUUCUUCAGCUAGUAUCAAACGACAGAUUCAAAAGCAGUGUACACAGAGUUGUAGCAAAACGUGUAGGUCCACGAAUAUCAGUUGCAAGCCUAUUUUCCACUGGAACGCUGCCAACAUUGAAGCUGUAUGGACCUAUUAAAGAGCUGUUAUCAGAAGACAAUCCUCCGAAGUAUAGAGAAACAACGGUAAGAGACUUUGCUACAUAUUUUAAUAACAAAGGCCUUGAUGGUACCUCCGUCUUGGACCAUUUCAAGAUUUGAAUUAGCCCAGCCCAUAGUUAAAAUGGACCACUAUUUGGGUCUCCAUCUCAUGGAAUAAAUGUGUUGUUCACGUGGGGUUUUUGGGCUUUUUUUUGGGUAUAUUUUGUUGAUGGCCAAACUUAUAUUUUAAAAAAAAAUAUGAGUGGUAAUGCGUACUGCAUGUCUAAGAAUUUCUCACAUUGAUGCGUUAUGGAGAGAGUUGCACCUAACAGGUUAUUACCAAAAAUAUCUUUUUGGUGGUAAAUUAUACAAACUUACCCUAUAGUUUCAAUUU